GAGAGAGACAUGACUAUGGUGGAUCCUCUGGGAAGAAGCAUCAACAACAUCCUGAUGCUGACGAGCAAGAGAAGAGUCUCUCCAGAUCAGAACACAAGAUGGUACAGCUUGGUCUGGUCUAGCAUGCAGCUUGGUCUGGUCUUGCUCUCUCUGGGACAACGCUAGCCCUUCCUCCCUCCUGGAGUCCCUGUGUCGUGCCUCUCCCGGUAGCGCCUUACUGCUGGGUAUGAAGAGGUUGUCUGUGCUGCUGGUGGACUGCAGGAAAACAACGGGGCUGAGUGGAACUGUGAGAGGAGGAGAAGAGAAGAAAGGAUCAGAUUUGAAACAUCAAAGAGAAAGACCAGACUCAGAGGAACCAGAGCCAGGGACGUCCAAACCAGCAAGACGACACCAGUGCUCCCAGUGUGAAAAGAGUUUUAAACAGAAAGCACAACUGAAAAAACAUAAGAGAAUACACACAGGGGAGAAGCCUUACCACUGUUCCCAGUGUGGAAAGGGUUUCAACCAGUCAGGGACGCUGAAACAACAUGAGAGAAUACACACAGGAGAGAAGCCUUACCACUGCUCCCAAUGUGGAAAGUGUUUCGGCCGUUCGGGGGAGCUGAAACUACACGAGAGAAUACACACAGGAGAGAAGCCUUACCACUGCUCCCAUUGUGGAAAGUGUUUAGUCCGUUUGGGGGACCUGAAACAACACGAGAGAAUACACACAGGAGAGAAGCCUUACCACUGCUCCCAGUGUGGACAGUGUUUCAACCAGAAAGCACACCUGAAACAACAUGAGAGGAUACACACAGGGGAGAAGCCUUACCACUGUUCCCAGUGUGGAAAGGGUUUCAACCAGUCAGGGACGCUGAAACAACAUGAGAGAAUACACACAGGAGAGAAGCCUUACCACUGCUCCCAAUGUGGGAAGUGUUUCGGCCGUUCGGGGGUGCUGAAACUACACGAGAGAAUACACGCAGGAGAGAAGCCUUACCACUGCUCCCAUUGUGGAAAGUGUUUCGUCCGUUCGGGGGAGCUGAAACAACACGAGAGAAUACACACAGGAGAGAAGCCUUACCACUGCUUCCAAUGUGUAAGGUCUUUCAACCAGUUGGGGGCGCUGAAACAACAUGAGAGAAUACACACAGGAGAGAAGCCUUACCACUGCUCCCAAUGUGGGAAGUGUUUCAACCAUUCGGGGAUGCUGAAACAACAUGAGAGAAUACACACAGGAGAGAAGCCUUACCACUGCUCCCAGUGUGGAAAGUGUUUCAACCGGAGAGGAAACCUGAAACAACAUGAGAGAAUACACACAGGAGAGAAGCCUUAACACUGCUCCCAGGGUGCAAACCAUUUGCCCAUCACAGUGCUCCCUUUGUCUUUUAUUGUUGACUGACAAUGUGUUUACCUGUCUUUACCAUAUGCAAUUAAAUGGUACAGGGUCUACUCAAACAUAUAUUUGUUUGUUUUUAUUAGAAAACAUGAAGUGAAUAUGGAGUCUGUCAGUUUGAAUAUAAAGAAGAUCAGGUUCCUUCUUUUAAACUGUAAUGAAAUGAAAAUGUUCAGACUCUGUAAUGGAAAAUGUUAAUUGUUUGUGUGUCCACAUAACUGAGUAUGUGACUAACCUUGUGAAACUGUCCUAUUAUAUAAGCUCCUGUUCUUGGGAGUAUCAUCCUGUGUUGCAAACCAAUUUGCACCUGUGUCCUUGUAUGAAUAAAGUCCCGCCCAGGAAAGGGAAACUAUAAAGAUAUUUGCUCAUCACCCAAUGCUUCAGGAAUUCAGACUGUCUACACUGUGCUGUGUAACUCUGUUAUUCUCUCUGAGCUCAGAAAUAAAGAAUCUUGGUUUGA